AUGAAGGAUGCUGUGGUGCUAAAAAUAAUUCUACCUCCUAAGGUAUGUAUGUAUUUACAUGUACAUACGUGGGCUGUCAUAUUUUUCCCGAUUUCUGAUUUUAGACCCGGACCUGGACCCGGAGAUCAUUCGAUGUGGCUUACUUCUAACCCAGGAAUUGCUGAGGUAGGUAGUUACGGUCAGUCCCAUUCUUGUAUUACUCCACUGAGGUGGUAUCAUCUUGCCAUGAAAUUUCAAAAGGAAGAACACCCUCGAUCGGUUGAAUUAAAUCUCUCUCCCAGGGCAAGUUUCGCGGCGGGGGUACCCCUGGACUCCGUAGCGCUAUGCCCGAUCGGGGAAAUAUAUCCCUCGACCUGGAACUCAGAUCUUACAGACAUGCAUGUACGACUAGCUGUUCCAGGUAUUAUUUUAUUACUUAUUCUGGUCAGUGAUUGGAGAAAUCUACCGAAGGUGCAAUGCAGACGAUUGAGAAAAUGA